AUGUCCAGUGGCCAGCCUGGAGAUCUCAAACCAAAACACCCAGGAAGCAGAGUUGGUGCGGCAAACACGAUCACACGGCUUACUCUGAAGACUCAGGCCCUCCGGAAGGCCCUGAACGCCCACAACCCUCUGGAUGCAUCGGACGCGCUCAGGAGGAAACUAGGCCGCACCAUCUCCAAUGUGGAUCCCGGACUCCAUCCCCCCUCAGGCAUGCUUUCAAAGGGUAAAGGCCUCGAUGUGUCCGACGACACACCUCAAGAGACGACAUUCCAACCUCGGAUCACCAAUCAACCGUCGGGGCCGUCGUCGUCCAACUGGAGAAGGCCGGAGGCACCCCCUCAUCUCGACAAUCGAUCAUCGACUCUCCUCCUGCUGCAAGAACUAAAAGAACAGCGCGAGGAGGAGCGCCGACACCGUGACCAAGAAAAUGAACGUUCCAGACGACGUGCCAAUCUGGAAGAACAAUCGCGGAUCGCAAGCACUGUCGCAUCUGUCGUCCGCCGAAUAUCGGACGAGGAUUUUCGCGACCCGGAUUUCUACUCUCCAAAAGAGGACGGCGCUGUCGAUGAGACUCAUGAGAAGAUCGCUAGAGGCAUCAUCAACGCAUCCGUGCACCGAGAUCUGAUUUAUGAUCUCCUCAACUUCGAUUCUUCCUCCGAUGUGUACGUGCAUCUCCUGAUGAAAUUCAGGUCAAUCAGCAGGGCUGCACAGCUUCAAGCUUGGCAGCGUUUUGUGUCCAUCAACCCCAGCAAAUACAACACAACAGCUGGAAUUCUUGCAGCCUUCACGGACGUAGCAAAAUCGUUCGAUGAAAUGUCACUCGAUCUCACCUUUGAUGACAUGAUGGGGCUGAUCCUCCAAUCAAACCUCAAGGACAUUCACCAGGCAGCUUUUGACCAGAAGAUCGAAUUGUUUAUGAGUACUCAUGACUAUGCACACCCGUCCUUUCAGGACAUGCUACGUUUACUAGACGCCACUCGAUCCGAACAGAAGCUGAACGAUGAUAACCGCCUCUCGGAGACCGCCUCAUUCCGCCUUGAUCUAGCUAGUCGCACGGACUCCGCCGCAGCUGAAGCUCCUGAAGAUUCAAAAGUUAAUGCCAUGGCACUGAGCAAGAACACUAAGUGCUACAUCUGCAAGAAACCGGGGCACAUAGCGCCGGACUGCCCAGCCAAGAAGAGAGGUGUGAAUCAAACAAAUCCUCCGGCCUGCCUCAACCAGAACCCAGGCCCCUCUCCACCCUGCUCAGUCACCUACAACUUUGACCAGCUCCCGUACAUCAGACCAUUACAACCUGAAUCAAAAGCACCCAACACAGCUUCAACAAAGAAAGUCCCAGACAAACAUCCCUCACGCGCUGUCGAAGCUAAGCUCAUCAAUCCUGACAUCUUUGCAGAAGACGAAGAAGAGAACCACUUUGUUUUUGAAACUGAAGAUCUCUCGGCCGAACCGUCUGGCAACCGCUUCAACUUAAGGAGCCUCUCCAUCAAUGAAGAGGGUCAAGAAGUCAUAUGGGACUCUGGCGCCUCCGACAACGUGACAGGCAACAGGUACACCCUCCAUGACUUUGUUGAACUUGCAAAGCCCAUUGCAGUCAGGGUAGCUACUGACUCAACAUGUGAGUACAUCACAGGCACGGGUACUUUGAAAUUCUCAGGGAUGAACAAAACAACUGUCAAAGUUAGAAAGGUUUAUUUCUGUAAGAAUGCUAGAUCAACUCUCUUGUCAAUCACUGCUUUCAAAAAAGCUAACGCAAACUUCAGAAUCAAUGGAAACUUUGAUUCUAUCGACUUGUUGUCUAGGAACGGACGGCUACUUCUACGAAGCAACUUUGAUCCUGCAAACAAUACAUGGCCAUUAAACAGACCUGAACGUGUACAUAGGUAUGGAAAUCUACCACCAUUUCAGUAUUAG